AAGGAGAUCGUCGACCUUGUGCUGGACCGCAUCCGCAAGCUGGCGGAUCAGUGUACGGGCCUGCAAGGCUUCCUCAUCUUCCACAGCUUCGGCGGAGGCACUGGCUCUGGGUUCACGUCCCUACUCAUGGAACGCCUCUCCGUUGAUUACGGGAAGAAGUCCAAGCUGGAAUUUGCCAUCUACCCAGCCCCUCAGAUCUCUACCGCUGUUGUGGAACCUUACAACUCCAUCCUGACCACCCAUACCACCCUCGAACACUCCGACUGCGCUUUCAUGGUAGACAACGAGGCCAUCUUCGACAUCUGCCGCCGAAACCUGGACGUUGAGCGUCCCACUUACACGAACCUCAAUCGCCUUAUUGGUCAGAUAGUUUCAUCCAUCACCGCUUCCCUGCGCUUCGAUGGUGCCCUCAACGUUGACCUGACUGAGUUCCAGACCAACUUGGUGCCGUACCCUCGCAUCCACUUCCCCCUUGUCACCUACGCUCCAGUCAUUUCCGCUGAGAAGGCCUACCACGAGCAGUUGACAGUCGCUGAGAUCACAAACUCUUGCUUCGAGCCGGCCAAUCAGAUGGUGAAGUGCGAUCCUCGGCACGGAAAGUACAUGGCCUGCUGCCUCCUGUAUCGUGGUGAUGUUGUACCCAAGGAUGUGAAUGCUGCCAUUGCAGCUAUCAAAACCAAGCGUUCCAUCCAGUUUGUGGACUGGUGUCCAACCGGUUUUAAGGUCGGCAUCAACUACCAACCCCCGACAGUUGUUCCUGGUGGUGACCUGGCUAAGGUUCAGCGUGCAGUCUGCAUGCUUUCAAACACCACUGCCAUUGCGGAAGCCUGGGCACGUCUGGACCACAAGUUUGACCUGAUGUAUGCCAAGCGUGCUUUUGUCCACUGGUAUGUGGGCGAAGGAAUGGAGGAAGGAGAGUUUUCUGAAGCUCGUGAAGACUUGGCUGCAUUGGAGAAAGACUACGAGGAGGUUGGCAUCGAUUCCGCCGAGGGAGCGGAUGAUGAAGGCGGAGAGGAGUUCUGAGUUACUGCCAUUGUGUUCACUGUAAAAGUUUUGUUUAUGACUGCACUCAAUUUUUGUGUGCAGUAAAUAAAUGCGGUGCAUCGAAAA